UUGUUUGUCUACCGCCAGGGGUCCCUCACGAAGAAGACGGGGGCGGAAGUAUCGGUGAAAAACAUGUCAGCCCCCUAUGUCGACACACUUAGGGCAAAUCCACUUCUACUACACAAACAUCCUCGGUUUCAUCAAUUACUAUUUGGACUGAUGGUGUUUUUCUAUGAGCGGAAGCAGCAGCUGGUGUGAGCAUGUGGCCGAACAGCAGACGAACCGGAGCGGCCCUGAGGAUCCUCCAGCUCUGCUCUGCUCCCACCGGGUUGAGAGGAGGAGUCGAGGGGAGGCAGCGGCGGGUCUACAGAUGCAUGUCAACAUCAGGACCUCCGUGGAGACUCCUGUUCUUUGGUUCGGAUCACUUUGCUGUGGAGUCUCUGAAAGUCCUCACAGCCAGCAGGAGCUCCAGUGAAAAUAUAGUGGAGUCCCUUGAGGUUGUCACUCUGUCUGCUGAUGUCCCAGUGACGAGGUUUGCUCAACAGAACCACCUCCCGGUCCUCAGGUGGCCCCCGGACAAUGUGGACGGACGGUUUGAUGUUGGGGUGGUAGUUUCUUUUGGCUGUUUACUCCAAGAGAAGCUCAUCAACAAGUUUCCAUAUGGGAUUCUGAACGUUCACCCCAGCCUACUGCCGAGGUGGCGAGGUCCAGCACCCAUCUUCCACACCAUUUUGCAUGGCGACACUGUGACUGGAGUCACCGUCAUGCAAAUCCGCCCUCACAGGUUUGAUGUGGGCCCCAUUCUCAACCAGGAGCUCCAUCAGGUCCCUGAAAACUGCACUGCUGAGGAGCUUGGAGCUGCCCUAGCCAAAAAGGGAGCACAUCUGCUCAUCGAUACGUUGAGGACACUGUCUGAGAGAAUGGCACAUAAAACGGAGCAAAGCAAGACAGGUGCAACUUUUGCCCCAAAAAUCAAUGGCUCCAUGAGCUGGAUGGUGUGGGAGGAACAGACGUGUGACCAAAUCGACUGCCUGUAUCGUGCAAUCGGAUCGCGAAUUUCAUUGAGGACCAUGUGGAUGGGCAGGACAAUAAAACUUCUUGAAUUUGUAGGAAAAUGUCACAUUUCAUUAUCAGAUCAAAAGAGGAAACCAGUUCCCGGCUCGGUGACCUAUCAGAAGGAGUCCAAUACUUUAGCUGUCUGCUGUAAGGACGGCUGGGUGGGUUUCAAGGCAGUGCUCCUGAAAAAAAGACUGACAGCAGCUGACUUCUACAAUGGCUACCUGCAUCAGACAGCUCAAGGACAGUUUCUUAGUAGAAAAGGUGGAACUGCAGCACAGCCGAUGAGAGAAAACUCAACGUCGUGAUGUUACGACAGUAAUUUUAUUCUGGGACGUGAACACUGCAGACAAGACAUCACCUAAUGGAAUCUGCUGGAGUGAAGUUGUUGCUCUUGUCUGUUUUAAGACAUCUGCAUCUACAGUACGUUUACUGUAUUAAUGAACUCUAUACUUAAAUAAUAAAUAAAAAGGAAUGUGCUGUUGACUGACAGUUGCAAG